GCAUGAUGAUGCCUGCCCCUGGCCCGUAUCAGAAGCUAGAACGAGGCUGGCAAACCAAGGGGAGGAUUGGAAGCCUUCAGAGCCCGCAGAAAUUUAACAAUCAGGAUUUCACCCUCCUGAGAGAGUACUACCUGAGCCGAGGCCUGCUGUUUGAAGAUGACACCUUCCCAGCACAAGUCAGUUCCAUUGGUCCCAAUCUGCUCUCAGCAGACAAGCUGAGCUACCUACAGUGGAAAAGACCAACGAUGAUCGAGAAAAAUCCCCAUUUAAUCGUGGACGGUGUUAGCAGAUUUGAUAUUGUUCAAGGAGAAAUAGGUGAUUGCUGGGUUCUGGCUGCCCUGGGAUCUUUGACAUUACAGAGGCAAUUUCUGGAAAAUGUUAUGCCAAAGGACCAAGGAUUCAAAGAGACUUAUGCUGGGAUUUUUCAUUUCCGGUUCUGGCAUUUUGGAGACUGGGUGGAUGUGGUGAUAGACGACCGGCUGCCUUUUCUCAAUGAGAGAUACCUGUCUGUUCAACCUCGCAGCAAAAAUGAAUUUUGGCCAUCCCUGCUAGAGAAAGCAUAUGCCAAGUUGCGAGGUUCCUAUCAGAAUUUGCACUGGGGUUACAUUUCCGAUGCGCUAGUAGACUUGACAGGUGGAGUCCAAGUGCAAUUUCUUUUACAGAAACCGCCUUCUGAUCUGCAGGAGAUAGCAAAAGCAGCUGCCAAAUCACAAUGCCUGAUGGGAUGUACCACACCAGGAGGGCAAUCGGUUGGUAACAUGGAGUUGAAGAACGGACUCAUAAAAGGCCAUGCCUAUACUGUGACUGGGGCUACAGAAAUACCAUACAAGAAUGGCUGGGAAGAUAUAAUCAGAGUUUGGAAUCCUUGGGGUCACCGGGAAUGGAGAGGGCCUUGGAGUGACGGCUCUCCCCAGUGGGAUCGAGUUCCAGCGGAAUAUAAGAAAGAUCUCUAUGAAGAUAAGGACGAUGGAGAAUUCUGGAUGUCACGUCAAGCUUUCACAGAGCAAUUUUCCUUGCUGUGUAUUUGCAAUAACACCCCAUCGUUCCUGGACUUUGGAGAUCAGCGUGGUACAAGGUGGUCCCUGGCCAUGUAUGUAAACCAGUGGGCUCGAGGACUCACUGCAGGUGGAAGCAACUAUCAUAACGCAGGUGCAUUUUCAAGGAACCCCCAGUACUUUAUCCAAGUGGAAGAGCCUGACCUGAAAAAGUAUAAUGUGGUGGUGUCAUUGAUGCAAAAACCUGCCAGUAAUAUGCCAAAUGCACAAAAAUUGUUCACCGGAUUUUUGAUCUUCAGGGUUGAACCCAAGUUCCAGGGCCUGAAGGACAGAUUGCCAGUUGCAUUUUUCUCUCAGUAUAAAUCCAAAGUUCUGAAGUACGGUUUCAAUGUGUCGACCCGUGAUGUCACCAAUUACUUUUUCUUGAGCCCCGGGACCUAUGUUGUUGUUCCAGCCACCUCAGAAGAAGGCCAAGAGGCUGAAUUCCUCCUACGAAUCUUCCUGAGGAUCCAAGACAACCAUGAGGACCUGAAAAGCAGGCUCAGCCCAGUGAUACCAAAGGACAUACCCAACCAGAGUCAAGACAACUCCUCUGAAAACAUCUUCCUCAGAUAUGCUAAACAGGGUUCAGACAUCAAUGCCUCGCAGCUGCAAAGGCUCCUCAAUGAAGUGUUCCUGGAAGAUCAAAUGGCCAGCCUGGGCGGAGGAUUCUGCUUUGAGUCAUGCAGAGGCAUUUUAGCUCUGAUGGAUCUCAAAUCUAAUGGAAGACUCUCCCUGCAAGAAUUUAAGCACCUCUGGAAAUACCUUGCUAAGUACAAGGAUAUUUUCAGGAGGGAAGAGGGAACCGGUUCUGGAUUCCUGGACGUCUCAGAUUUGAGGAAUGCAGUACAGAGAGCAGGCCUGGCUGUCGAUGACCAGCUCCUCCAUCUGAUGGCUCUGAGGUACAGCGAUUCCUCCAUGAGAAUCUGUUUCCCCGAUUUUGUGUGCUGCAUGAUCCGUCUCAAAACCAUGGCAAGUGUAUUUCGUAAUUUAUCAAAGGAUGGAAAGAUUUGCUUUACUGCAGCAGAGUGGAUGAUUUUUACCAUGUACCUCUAAGGCGGCGAUAUGGCUCUACAUUGCUGCUCAGAUGCUUCUUGAUGUGAUGCAGCCCAAGUGCCUUUCAUACAAGAAUUAUCAAUGUGGCUUUCAACAAGCCAAGCAGCGCUGAUUGAUGAGCUGGGCUUUCUUGGACCAAUAACACAUGGCUAGCAGUAUUCAUGUUUGUGAACAUGGACUCUUUCUUAGACAAGCUGGACUUCAUCUGAAGAGGAAGGGAAGGGAAUUCUAAAAGACGCUCAUGGAAGAAGACAGGAAAGCCUUGGGAAGAACAUAUUUGCUCCCAUUUCAUCCAUGGAUAAGGGAUGUUUGGAAGUAUUGUCUACAGGCGGUCUCCCAUCCUCAUACAUGAUAGUGUUCCUGAUCAGCUUCAGGAACUGGAGUAAAUCAGGAUUAACUCCAUGUACACUACUGUAAAGCAAAUGCUAGCAGACUCGGGUCCUGUAUUUUCAGAGAGAUCACUGUUUAAUUUAAUGGAAAAUGUUUGUGUGUAAGCAGAAUUAUUCUGGGGUUUUAUUUUUUUUUUUUUAAGUCUAAAUACCAGAACCAUUUUGUGAGGAAAUUAAUUACAUAUGCAG